ACAAACUCCUCGUUCACCAGAACCACCGAAUUUUCUCCAAAUUCCACUCGGAACGAGUGCGAGAUCCCACUUCUUCCAGAAUCAACGCUUCACUGUUCCUUUACUGCCUUGUGCGUUUCAAGGUCGUCUUUUCAAUGGACGGGGAAACGGAUCAGGUCAAAUCCACUCGCGUGGGGUACAAAAAGUCCCGAAAUGGAUGCAUACGUUGCAAGAAGCGGCGAGUCAAGUGUGACGAAGAGGUCCCUUGCUCUGCGUGUGUUAGACAUAGAGUUCGAACAAAAACCUCUAACCAAUCGCUCUCUCCAAACACCCAGCCGCAGCCUCCCAGCUGGCAGUCCAGCAUCUCUAUUAUCCAGCUCUUUACUCUCAAGUCCUCUUGAUGAACCUGACUGCUGGAUUUCCACCGCCGAGCUCAUGCUUCACUACACUACCGUCACGUACAGAACCAUGGUCUUCAACGACAGAACGAUCCCGACCUUUCAGCAAUCAGUACCCCAAGUCGCUUUAGGAUAUCCUUGGUUUCUUCGACAAAUAUUGGCUUUCUCAGGCUAUCACCUCGCUCACCUCCACCCAGAAAAGAGACAAUUCUACCUCCUACAAGCAUCAAAACAUCAGAAUGCUUCUCUACGUGGACUCAGAGAAGCAUUAUCCGAACCAGUCACCUCAUCGAACUGCCACGCUCUAUACGCCAGCACCACGUUUAUAGUAGUCAACAAAUUCGCGGCAUUUCCAAACUGCGACGACUUUCGAAGUCAUGGGUGCUCCCAACCUGUUCAGAGUCUGAUGGAGAUCUUUUCUCUCGUCAACGGCAUGGAGGCCGUUCUUCAUUCACCAGGAGCCGCGGAUCUCAGAAACGGUCCUCUGAAAGAGCUUUUCUGCGAGACUCCGCAUCAGCAUGUCAAUAGCUACCUUCUUCGCGGUCUUCAUGCAAGAUUGCCCGAGCUUGCACGGCGGAUAUCGUUAGACUCGAUGGAAGAUCAGUCCAGAGCUGUGCUGACUUCCGCCGUCGUAUCCAUCACUGAUUGCGUCAAUGACGCGUUUUCAAAUUUGUACAAAGUAUCACCGCCAGAGCUGAGGGUCAUCUUCUCGUGGCCCAUGUCUGUGUCUCGAGAUUUCUUGGAUCUGGCUGUGUCGGGACACCCGUUGGCCCUUGUCAUUCUAGCGUACUACGAUAUUCUACUGUACUGGGGCGAAACGGAGUAUUGGUUCUUUGAGAACUGGGCAGAAACUUUGAUCUCUGCCAUCGUGGAAAAGGUCAAAGGUUCACCGUGGGAGGACCUUCUCAAUUGGCCGGUUGAAGUCAUUUUACACCAUUAG